ACCUACGUAUAGAUUGCUUUCUUUGGGUUUUCUCUUUGCGCAUGUCUCUGUCGUUCCCUCAGCUGUCCUCUUGUAUAUAUAUUCAUAUACAUAUUACGCUCUCUUUCUUUCCUUCAUUCCUUCAUUUAUCUUUUUCGACUCAAAAGUGUACUCGGUUGUAAUUCUAAUCGCAGUUCAUGCGCGGAAGCUAGGAGACCGCGGAGAAUAUCAGAAUGGCUGAAAACCGCACAUUCACGGUCAGGCCAUUGUCGAAGCAACCGAGAAACGACUUGAGAGAUUCGUUCCGCAUCAACCUUUCUUCAUCUUCUCUCGCAUCCCUUAAACUAAGGGCUGGUGACCUUUGCGAUCUAAGACUGGGAGAGGGGUCUCCAAAAACCGCCAUCGCUUGGGCCGCAGUCGAAAAUAUCCAGAACACCGUCGUACAGACUUCGAAGGCACUACAAGAAUGUUAUGGCAUCAAACUUGGUGAUAAAGUCUCGAUAUGCAAGGCGGACCAGCAACUCGAUGAAGUGGAUACUGUACGCCUGCAAGAAUGUACAGAUCCCGAGAAGCUCGAAGUUUUUGGUGUCUUGCCUGAGACCGAUAUCGGGCACUGGGAAUGGUGUCUAGAAUAUCCCUUGUUAAGAUGCGAAGUUCUCGCCGUUAAUCUGACCUUCGAAGUGGAGGUGAAGGGCCAACGUAGAAGCUUCAGGGUGGUCGAACUGUCGGGUACCAAUCCUGGCGCAUCUCAUACCAUAUACCGCUUUACCGGUCAAUCGAAAGUGAAAAUAGGUGAUGGCGGAGGUACCACGUAUAGAGAUAGAACGCUGAAAGUACAAUCGUUCGGCCUAGGCGGGCUAUCAAGACAGAUCGAGCAAAUCAAUGAAAGCCUUUCAGACUUCAACGCGGGCCUACAGAGGCUUGAAAUGCCCGGUUUCUACGAGCAUAGCCGAGGGAUUCUCAUCUAUGGACCGAAGGGGACUGGUAAAACAUCACUGUUGCGACAAAUCGAAGCCGCUGGCUGGAAGAGGUCUUUCACUAUUGGCACUUCAAUGAUAAGCAGGAAUGUGGGAGAAGGCGAAACGAAACUACGCAGGACAUUUCAAGAGGCACUACGUUGCCAACCUAGUGUGAUUCUGAUCGAUCAAUUGGAAUUCAUCGCUCCCAAAAAGUCAUCCCAGGAACCGGGCUCUUUGGGAUCAGUAUUGUGCGAGACGUUGGAUGGAAUAAAGGGUGCCAACAUCCUGGUGGUCGCUGCUACUCGCCAUCCCAAUGAUGUUGACGAUGCUCUGAGGACUCCGCACCGACUGGCUAUUGAGGUUGAGUUGCCGGUUCCUACCGCGGCGGAUAGAGCAGAAAUUUUGCGAGCAAUCCGAGGGUCAUCUCUGGAACCAAGUGAUCAAAUGAUAGAUAUCAUAGCGGAGAAGACGCACGGUUAUGUUGGAGCCGACCUUUUCGCCCUCCUUCAACUCGCAUGCCGCAAGGCAAGAAAUCGACAAGUUCUUGAAUCAGCGUCCAUUGCUGGAGGUCAUACAGAAUCUCUUGCGCCGGCUGCCCAUGAGACUGAUACCGGCCUCGUGUCGGUGAAAAUUUCCGAGGCCGACGUGCUUCUAGCACUGCAAGAUAUCAGACCAACUGCCAUGAAGGAGGUUUUCCUUGAAACGCCCAAGGUUAGAUGGUCUGACAUCGGUGGACAGCAUGACAUUAAACGGCGUCUUCAGAAAGCCGUUCAGAGACCCCUUCAGUUCCCGGAGCGUAUGAAGAGACUCAAUGUGAACAGCAAAAAGGGGAUCCUGUUAUACGGACCACCCGGUUGCUCAAAGACGCUAACAGUCAAAGCAUUGGCUACCGAAGCAGGUCUGAACUUCCUUGCUGUCAAAGGCGCAGAAAUCUUGAGUAUGUAUGUCGGAGAGUCUGAGAGAGCUCUCCGGGAGAUCUUCCGGAAGGCUAGAUCUGCAAGGCCAAGCAUCAUUUUCUUCGAUGAGAUAGAUGCAAUCGCCUACAAGCGAGGCUCAUCCUCUCAGGGAGGAGUUAACGUGCUCACUACCUUAUUGAACGAGAUGGAUGGUAUUGAGGAAUUGAGGAAUGUUCUUGUCGUUGCAGCGACGAACAAACCGGAUGUACUUGACCCUGCCCUUAUGCGGCCCGGGCGGUUGGAUAAUAUUUUGUAUAUUGGGCCACCGGACCUUGAGGCGCGCCAGGAAAUCCUGAGCAUUUGGUCAAGAAAGUCCGUUGUCCAUCCGGAGGUCGACAUUGCUGAUCUCGCCCUGAGGACUGAAGGCUAUUCAGGCGCGGAGAUUGUAAGCAUCUGUGAGACUGCCGGAGAUGCAGCAUUAGACGAGGAGGAAGAGACAGGACAGGAAGGUCAGAUCAUGUGGAAGCAUUUUGAAUAUGCCCUGGGCCAAGUGCGACGCCAGAUUACGCCAGAGGUCGUCCAGGAAUACGAACAGUUCGGAAGCUCUCAUGAUGCUUAGAAGGAUCGAUUAGCUUGAUGUGUGAGCUAGAUCUGGAUCUGCUCUCAGGGGUACUACUAUCUGUUUACUAUAACAAAUAAGCAAAUAAUGAAAUACCACACCAACGUAUAUGGGAACCUUGUAC